GAGGGAGGAAACAAACAACAGAGCUGCAGUAAGAGGAGGAGCAACACUGGAAAGAGGAGAGCUUCAACGUCACACUCCAGAAAUGAAAGUGAAGUUUGUCAGAGUGUCGGCCACGCUCCAGUCGAGACAAGACUCUGUUUCUCUCUGAAAGAAAACUCAAACUGACUUCAUCAGGUCUUUCUCAACAACACAGCAGAGUCUCUGCCAAACACUGAUAUGGCUGCUGUGAGCAUUCCGCCAUCUGAAGAUCAGUUUCUGUGCUCCAUCUGUCUGGAUGUGUUUACUGAUCCUGUCGCCACACCAUGUGGUCACAACUUCUGCAAAAACUGCAUUACUGAACACUGGAAUACUAAUGACCAGUACCUGUGUCCGAUGUGUAAGGAGGGUUAUUCCAUAAGACCUGAUUUAAGGGUCAACACUUUUAUCUCUGAGAUGGUUGCUCAGUUCAGACAGUCAGCUCAACAGAAAGCCAGCAGCAGCAGCUCAGAGCAACAAGUGUCCAAACCAGGAGAAGUUCCCUGUGACGUCUGCACUGGAACCAAACUGAAGGCCCUGAAGUCCUGCCUGGUGUGUCUGGUCUCCUACUGUGAGAUUCACCUGGAGCCUCAUCUGACCACGUCCGGCCUGAAAAGACAUCAGCUGAUCGACCCUGUGGAGAACCUGGAAGGCAGGAUGUGUACGAAGCACGAUAAACCUCUGGAGCUGUUCUGUAAGACCGACCAGACAUGUGUCUGCAUGCUCUGCCCUUAUUCAGAUCACAAGAUGCAUGACAUUGUUCCUCUGAAAGAAGAAUAUGAAAUAAAGAAGCUAGAGCUGGGGAAUAUGGGGGCUGAAAUUCACCAGAUGAUCCAGAAGAAACGACAGAAGAUUCAGGAGAUCAAACAUUCAGUCGACCUCAGUGAGGAAGAUGCAGACAGAGAGAUAGCAGAAGGUGUUCAGGUCUUCACUUCUCUGAAGGAGUCUGUUGAGAGAGGCCUGAAUGAGCUCAUCAACACGAUCAAAGAGAAGCAGAAAACAACAGAAAAACAGGCCGAAGCUUUCAUCAAAGAGCUGGAACAGGAAAUCUCUGAGCUGAGGAAGAGAAGCACUGAGGUGGACCAGCUCUCACACUCUGAAGACCACCUCCAUCUUCUCCAGAGUGUCCAGUCCCUAAACAUCCAACAACCUCCACCCACCAAUGACUGGACAGAGGUCAGCCUCCGUCCAUCAUCAUAUGAGGGGACUGUGGUGAAAGCUGUGGUUCAGCUGGAGGAGACACUCAGUAAAGAGAUGAAGACACUACUUGGAGCCGAACUGAAGAGGGUCCAGCAGUAUGAAAUAGAUGUGACUCUUGAUCCUGAUACAGCACAUCCUGAUCUUAUCCUGUCUGAUGAUGGGAAACAAGUGAAUCUUGGUGAUGUGAGGAAGAAUCUCCCAGACAACCCAGAGAGAUUCUCUAAGUGUGUUUGUGUUUUAGGAAAACAGAGUUUCUCUUCAGGCAGAUUUUACUUUGAGGUUCAAGUUAAAGGAAAGACUGAAUGGGAUUUAGGAGUGGCCAGAGAGUCGAUCGGCAGGAACGGAGACAUCACACUGAGUCCGGAGAAUGGUUACUGGACUAUAGUGUUGAGAAAUGGAAAUGAGUACGAAGCUGCUGCUGACCCUUCAGUCUGUCUUUCUCUGAAGAGUCCUCCUCAGAAAGUGGGGGUGUUUGUGGAUUUUGAGGAGGGUCUGGUCUCCUUUUAUGACGUAGAUGCUGCAGCUCUUAUCUACUUCUUUACUGGCUUUUCCUACACUGAGAAACUCUUCCCAUUCUUCAGUCCCUAUAUGAAUGAUGAUGGUAGAAACUCUGCCCCUCUGAUCAUCUCUCCUGUCAGAAUAAACUAGUCACUGGUCUCAUUUCAGGUAUUGAUUUAUUUUCAAUCAAGGGAACAAAUGUACAUAUUCAUAUAUCUUAUUUUCUACAGAAUCUGUUUCCUGUGGUGACUGAUUUAUACUUUAUUCCAUUAAUUAUCAUCAUUAUAAUGUGCAACAAUUCUUUGCAAAUUAAAUCAAACUUCAUCUUGACAUAUUUGGGUUCUUUAGAAACUGAUUUCUUCUGGAAGUUAUAAUAAAUGUCUAUGGGUUUAAAUAGAUAUUGUCCACAUAACGUGUGUCAUGAUGCAUCAAAUUAAUGUGUUGAUUAUGUAAUCAGAUACAUAUUUAUUUUUAUUUGUAUUUGAUGUGCAGCCACAGAAAACAUAUUGCUGAAUAUUUCAUUGUGUCAUGAAGCUUCAUUUAAGAGUAAGACCUAUUACAUCCCAUAGUGUCUACAGAACACAGGAUGUGUCGUCGUUAUACCGGCUAUAAAAAGUUAAUGGAUCUUGUGUGAAAGUUGUUUUGGAUAAUUAGUGGUCACUUUGGCCAUUUUUUAUUUGUUUCAUGAAUUCUGUAAGAUGGUUAAUGAGUCAAAGAAAUCUGUAAAUAUGUGAUUGUAGAAUAAAAACUUUAAAAUAAAGCGGUUGUUGAACACAAGGUCUGAGUAAGCAGUGACUUGAGCAGCAAAUACUGAACAGAAAAGCUGGUUUACACACAAGUUGUAUUUCAGUCGAGGAUGAUUUUAGUUUAUGUUUUAAAAUUUCAAAAACAUUCAUUAUGUCGAGAAUAAAGUUGAACUUUCAGUAUUACUGCCAGGCAUAAGAAAAAUAAUAAAUAUUAAUUGAAAAAAUUGCAAUAAAGAAAAAAAUCAAUGACUAGGAUGUCAUCAUUUUAAUAUCAGAUAUCAUAAAUGUAAUUUUUAAUAUCUAAAGUACACUUUGACUACAAAUGUAAUUACGGACAAUCACAGUUUGUUUGUUUGCUGGCAGAAGGUACAUAUUUUUUAGUUAUUCCUGCCACUAGGUUUGGCGUGUGACACGCCAAGAGUUGCGCGGUGUCUCUUGGUCACCCUCCUUUUCUUUUCGGGCCGAUCAGGGAAACAACACAGUGGAGAAUGUACAUUGUGUGAAAUAAAUAGGUAAAUAUUGCAUAACUGGUUAAAAACAUGUAUGUACAAAAGGUUAAAAUGAUACCUGUGUUCAUCUUUUAACUGGAUGAUAUGUUAUAGAUGAGAUUGACUUUGGAUGGAUGUCGAUGGAUUUGUGUGUUAGCAAGACAUAAGUGUGACAAGUGUGUGAAGUUGUGCGCUCCCUGGUGAAGCCCAUUUUUCAGUCUGUAUUCUGUGAAAUGUAAGUGUUUUCUAAGUCAAACUGUACAUUUAAGAAUCAACUGGAGUUUAUUGUGAAGGUAUAUUUAUAUUGUUUUAUUUUGUUUUCUAUGUCAGUGUCCUAAGCCCACUGGCGUAUGUUUUGGAUUAUUUCAUUUUAAUUAUUUUUGGUUUUUGCCUUUCUGUUAAAUUGCAAGGAACUGCCAAUGUUAACUUUGAGGUCCGAAAGGCGCAUCACUGAAGUGUAGGCCUCCUCAAGUGUAGCUUGUAGAGGCAGCACGGUGGCUCAGUGGUUAGCACUUCUGCCUCACAGCAAGAAGGUUCUGGGUUCGAAC